UGGGGUUGAGGGUCGGGGUUAAUUAGAAAAAGGAAAAAAAAAUCAGAAACUGGCCGAGGCCCGGCCCGGACCCGGUGGCAACCCGGGCCGGUCCCGGGCCUUCCCCCAACCACAAAAGGCCCGACCGGGCCUAGGCUCGGCCCGGGCCCGACCUGACCCGGCUCCAUGCCUAAUUCCAAAAGGAGAAGAUAAAAAAAUCUUCUACAUAACAUAAAAGUAACCGUAGAAACAAAAAUUAAAUGCAAAAACAAAUAAAAACAUAAAAUGUAAAUCAAUGCAAUUAUCCUAUUGAAUCUAUAAUUGAUUUAGUCCCACUGAAUUCUCUCUCUAGCUUCCUAGGGCUUUUCCGCCGCCACCUAGGGCUUUUCCGCCGCCACCUAGGGCUUUUCCUAGGGGACCUCUCUGAUCGCGGCACCGGUUGCUGAUUUUGCGUCUACCGUAGCUAUAAUGAGCGCGGUUGAUCGUCGUUUGUUUCCUGCUAGGUUUCUUUGAUUUGAAGUUCCGUCCGUCGCCGGUUAUGGAGGUGGGAGCAGGUUCAGAGUUUCUGGCAGAAGGUUAAAGCAAUAGUUUGGCAUGGAUAGCUUCGUGGACAAGUACAAGAAGAUGGCGAUUGGGGCAGAGGAAGAAGAACUGGAUCUAGAUGAAGCUGAUGUUGAGGUUGUGGUGGAUGAGCGGCGGGCGCGUCCCCCUCCUAAGCCGCCGCCAUGGAGUUCAAGCAAAUCUAGGGUUUGGAAGAAGAUGGGUGAACUCUGUUUUAAUUCUGUUUUAUUCAGUUUGUGUUUUUCUGUCGAAUUGCAUGUUGUUUUGGACGUGCCCCUUUUUCCUAGCAGAGUUAUUCUUGAAUUUAGGUUAGGUGAUGAGAAGUAUGGUUUGCCAGUCAUUGGCUCAGUUAAGCCCAUUACAGGAUCAACGAAUGUUAUUGCUUCUACAGAGGUGAUGAAUUCUUAGUCUGGUUCGAGAGCAGACGACAGACAAUAAGACUUUUCAUCAUUUUGUUUACUUCUUUUUCUUUGAUUGUACUAUCA